AUGGCUCCCCAGGUCCAGCAGAAGAAAUCGGGCAAGGCCCAGAAGCAGGCCAAGAAGUUCAUCAUCAACGCUCAGCAGCCUGCGAGCGACAAGAUCUUCGACGUCUCGGCCUUUGAGAAGUUCCUCCAGGACCGCAUCAAGGUCGAGGGCCGCACCAACAACCUGGGCGACGACGUCGUCAUUCGCCAGGCCGGCGAGGGCAAGAUCGAGGUCACUGCCCACAACGACCUGUCCGGUCGCUACCUCAAGUACCUGACCAAGAAGUUCCUCAAGAAGCAGCAGCUUCGUGACUGGCUCCGCGUCGUCUCCACCUCGCGCGGCGUCUACGAGCUCAAGUUCUUCAACGUGGUCAACGACGAGGCCGAUGAGGAUGACGACUAA